AUCUGUGUCGCUUUCCGCCCCAUGGCCUUCCAAGCCGCUGAUAUCGGACUAUUUAGCGAUAACCGUCUGCGCAACGAGGCCCGAGAAGGGAAAUGCGAGGGAAUAAGUUCUUGAAGUUGGUCUCAGAUAUUUUAUGGCUCGAAGCGACUUUACUUGCUGUCAUUAUUAGUAGCGUACGGACUCCCGCGUCCGAGCAGCUUUCCAUAUAUUGCGACCAUGAUGGCUACUGCUAAGCAAAUUCCCAGUCAAUCUGGAGACAUACUAUAUUCUGAGAUCAUGCUGAAUGACAAGGAAUAGAAGCGCCAUUCCUACACCAAGGGUUGCACUCCCAAGCUCGCCCGCGAGAAUCUUCAGCCUUAGCAGAACGUCUUUCGACCGACCGCCCAGAGCCGAAAGCAGUAUUGAAUAUCAGAGGAAAGGAAGUUCCACGAUAGUACGCCCUCAUUCGCCGAUAAGCCUCCGACAGGAGGGCUAGUACAAAGUGGACUGCAUGCAACAGCGCAGCAGGAAUAGCC